CCCCCACCCCGAUGCGCCAUUAUUCAAUUCAUUCUCCUCUCUCUUUCUCUUUCUCUCUACACUCUUCGAUAUUCAAUUUACACACCUACUAUGCUCGACCCCUCGUCCCUCAAAAGAUUUCUUGUAAUAUAUUCAUCACCCACUCUGUAUUUAUGAUGGAUAAAGACUGGUGUGGGGUUGUUCGUACAUUUGUCGCUUUUCAGUUUCCACACCAUUUACCCUAAUAUGGAGGGCUCUCUCUUCUUAAAUGACGCUUCUUCAUUCCCUUUUCUUUGAUUUUUCAUUUGCAUUUCCCCCCGUUAUCUGGUCCUAACGUAGUUUUCGAUACAGCUUCGGGUUUCUAAUACUGUGAAUGCAGUUAAUGAUCGUCAUCAUAAACUGUCGGUGAGUGAGUUAUUAUAUUUUCUUCAUCUCCUCGUUGUCAACAGAAAUGAUGCCGAGAGUUAACUGUGAUUCCACUACUCCUAUUUCUCCUUUGUCUUCCCGCCACUCAAGCUUUCAAGGUUGUUCCUGGAAUAAUGGGCAGAUUAGCAAAGACGAUCAUGGGUCAGUAGACAUGGCACCAAGACCUUCCAACAAUUUCACCCCAGAUGCUAAAUUGGGGAAAAUAUUGCUCGAUCAAUCCUCUGUUUGGUCGGAAUCAGAGAUGACACCAUGUUCGACUUCGUUUUCUUCCAUUGCUUCAAACGCGACCCCAAAUUCAAAGUCAUCAAUGGAAUUGGUGAAAGAGAUCACAUCUCUGGAAACAGAAAUAGCUCAUUUGGAAAGUUAUCUUCUUUCACUCUACCGGACAGCUUUUAAGCAACAGGUUCAUAGCAUCCCUUCCAAGGAGUCCAAACUAAACUCUGAAGCUUGGUUAAGUGGUUACCAUGGUCGAAUUCCCCCUCUUCAGGAGGGACUAAAUCGUCAUUCCACCAUUCCAAAUUCAUCAUCUAAAAAAGAGAGGAAAACUGCACGUAGCCUUGGGGAUCACCUUGAAAGUCCUUAUACCGAAAAUACCCUUAUUGAUGGUCCUGAUAGGCUUUCUGAAGAUUUGAUCAGAUGCAUAUCUUCUAUCUACUGUAAGCUUGGGGACCAAAAUCAAAGUGGACCUUCUGUUUCUUCUGCUUCAUCUCUGUCUUCUUCGGGUACAUAUUGUACUAGAAAUCUUUCUGAUACAUGGAGUCCUUAUUGCACUGAGAGAGCUUCAUGGGACAGUAAAAAUGUAGGGGUAAAAGAGGAAAAAGGGCCGUAUGCUAAGAUGAUUGAAGUUUUAAAAAUAGGUGUAGAUGAUGAUGGCUUCAGUUAUGCUGCAAGGAUGUUAAAAAGAUUCAGAACAUUGGUCAAAAAGCUUGAGAGCGUUGACCCUGUGAAAAUGAAGCGUGAACAAAAACUUGCAUUUUGGAUCAAUGUUCAUAACGCUUUGGUGAUGCAUGCAUAUUUAGCAUAUGGAACUCACAGUAACACGAAAAGUAAUUCCAUUUUAAAGGCAACUUACAACAUUGGAGGACAAUCCAUCAACGCAUACAUUAUACAGAUUGCUAUAUUAGGAAUCAAACCACACUUUAGAGCACCGUGGCUACAGUCACUGCUAUCUCCAGGGAGGAAGAUGAAGAUGGAGACUAGUAAACAUGCUUUUGCCAUUGAUUACCCUGAGCCACUUGUCCAUUUUGCCCUUUCUUUAGGGGUGUUUUCUGACCCUGCGGUUCGUAUCUACAACGCGAAGAAUGUGUUUCAGGAUCUAAGGAUUGCUAAAGAAGAGUUUAUACAAUCAACGGUGUAUGUGAACAAAGAAACUAAAAUAUACCUACCGAAAAUUUUGUAUUAUUUUGCAAAGGAUAUGGCAUUGAGCAUGGCAAGUCUUUUGGAGAUAGUUAAUGCAUGUUUGUUGGAAAAACAAGAGAAAGGCGUGAAAAUGAGUGUGAAAGGUAAACCUGAAAAAUACGUAUAUUGGUUGUCACAGAGUUGUAUAUUUCGAUACGUGAUUCAUCAAGGCACGGUUGAAGGAAGAUUGUCGGUUUGAUUUAAGUUUUUCUUUGUUUUUGUGCAUUUGUGAAGAUUAGAUAACAUUUAUUCUCUUGUUUUUAAUAGAGAUUUUAGGGUGUAUAGAAUUGUUUUAAGAAUUAUGAAUAGUGCUUGAAAAACACCAUUAGUGUUCAUAUAUUUGUCUUUUUUUAGGAGAUUGAUAUUUGUAUUGUAUAUGUAGAUGACGUAGUUAUGGGCAUUCAUGUAUUUUAUCAA